GUGAGCUUUUUCUUCUAAUCCUUGGAUUUUGCUUCUUUUCGGGGUCGCGUCUCAAUUAAUUUGAUUCUUCAGUCGCAGAGAUGGAAGCUCUCUACGCCAAGCUCUACGACAAAUACACCAAACUCAAGAAGAGUAAAUUUUCCGAAAUCGAUGAGGUUAAUAGGGAACAAGAAGAGAAGUUCCUCAACUUUGUUUCAGCCUCAGAAGACCUAACGCAGCAUUUGAAAAGUGAAAACAAGAAUUUGCAGGGUCUCGUGGAGAAUUUGAUGAAUGAGAUAGCUUCAAUCAGAUCCACCUGGGAAGAGGAGCGUCUGGAGUAUCAGAAGUGUCUUGCCGAAGAAGAACAAAAGAUCAGGGCACUUUCCGAAGAAGUUGGCAAGCUAAAAGAGCUGAUCCAAGAGGGAGAUCCUCACAACUCCAAGAGAGAUCAAAGUGGAAGAAAACAAGAGAGAAAGACUCCCGAAUCUUCUCAAGUUACUACGAGAAGCAUGAGAAAACGUAGCAGACAAUCAGAAGAUAUGGUAGAAACAGACAUGGUAUCACCUCGAAGUAGCAUACGUCAUAAAUCUACGGAAACUCUCUUGGUUUCUCAACCACAAUGCUCCAAAACAACCGACGAUGGAUCAAUUAAUUCUGCUGGUCGUACAUUUCAAGCUCUUAGCGAACACUUGCUAGGAAUGAAAUUAUCAAUUAAUAACGAAGAAGAACGAGCCUGUAUUAUAGCCUUGCAUCCAUCAAGCGGUUUAUCAUUCAGCUUAACUUGGGUAAAUAACUCAACUGGUGAAGAAUCUGAGCUGCUCUACAAGGUUGUAUCGUUGGGGACAUACGAAAGAGUGGCGCCGAAAUGGAUGAGACACGUGAUAAAGUUCAGCACAAGUAUGUGUCCUGUCUUCUUCGAAAGAGUCUCUCGAGUCGUUAAGCUUCAAAGAUGAUCGAUGUGUACGUCUCCUUCCCUUAUCUUGCGUCGUCAUCUUUGAUGGGGCUUCUUAGUUUGAUGUUUCUCAAUCGGGUAAAAUAGUUAGCGAGGUUAUCAUGUAUCUAUAGAAGUGUCUCUCUCUCUUUAACUCUGGCAUUGAUUUGUCCUUCGCUCUUCCACACUCUUUGAUCUAUUGUGCAUUUUGUGUGAUUGAACACUUUAAUAGCCAGUAUAUAUAGGCAUCAUCACAAUUUGUUUCCAGUAAUUUCCAAACCGGAUGAAGCGUCAGGAUCUUGGAGAUCGAGAGACUAUUAUAUA